UCAGCCAACAAUUAUAAGUAAUACUCUUUGUUUAUUGCUCUCUGAUAACUUAUAAAUUGCUUAUUAAUUACUUAAAGUAAAUCCCGCAAUAAAUUUGUAUUCUUAUCGAUAUUUUCGUUUUGUGGAAUCGGUAGCUUUGUAGGAUCAUUUGGUUGUGUAAAAUUUUAACAGGAAUAUCAGUGUCGCCAGUUUUCUUUUGAUAAAUUUAUUCGUAGCUUGUUAAGAACAUAAUUUUGUUAACAAAAUAGUUUUUUUUUGAUACAUUUAAUUGGGAGUUACUGGCAAGAUGCCAGAAAAUGUCACAUUGCCGGAAAACUCAGAAAGGGAUGAGUUCAAUUUAAAUAACCCACCUACAAAUAAUGCUGCUUCUGAAAGACCUGAGAAAAUAUUCACAAUUGAAGAUAUUUCCGACAGUGAAGGGACACCCUCAAUAAGAACUGUACCUAUUAGAAUUAAAGGAGAUGACUUAUCACUAGCCAGCUCAGAGGACAUCUUAGAAAGAUCAAAAAAUAAUAUACGAGUCAGACACGCCAUAUCAACUAAUGAUGUUCCAUCUGCUUAUUUUCUACCAAGAAGAAUUAACUCCACAUCAGAUUUUAGAAACUACAAAUAUCAGAAAUCUGAACCGAAAAAAUCGGAUAAAAUGGUUCUGAAAUUGGUAGUUCCUGGAAAUAGUAGAAGUGCCAGUCCUAUUCCAAGUUUCCACAAUAAUCAAUACUAUUCAGCAUGUUCGAUAGAGCAGAUGUUGGGGAAUGGCCACUUCAAGGAGAGGCUUAAACCUCCAAGAUUAAAUGUUGUAAAUCCGGACACUAAUGGAGCUUAUAUAAACCGCGGAUACUCUGCGUCUGAUCUAGCAGGGUCUCCUCUUACACCUCGAACACCCUCUGCAUUUAUACCGGACAAUCCCACUCCACAUGAGGAAAAGAAAAGGACAUUUUCGGGAAUAUUAGUUACCACCUUCAGUAUAUUUUAUGCCUUGUUUAAUGUAACAGUUGGCCUUGCACUUUAUGUAACAGAUACUUUAGAUCCCUCCAAUCCAACAGCAGAGAUUUUUAGUGUAUAUCUGGUAAUAGUAUCAUUUCUUUAUAUCUCGUUUUUAAUAAUCGAUAUUUCGAUUUUCUCAAGUAAAAAGAAAAAAUACGAAAACGCGGUGGAAAAAAAUUUGUGUGGCGAGAAUUUAAAAGCCACACAAACUGAAGAUGGAGAAUUUGAGUUUGAGAUAAAUUUACCAGAACUACUAAAAGGUGGAAAAUCCGUCCAACAUAGCUAUUGUUUUAAAAAGGAUAGGCAUAGUACGAAUUUUUAUUUGAAAAUUGGUGCAGCAGCCUUUUGCUUCGGACAUCUUAUUCACGCUGGAAUUCUGGUUGGAUAUCAACUAGUAUUUAUAACAGAAGACAGCGCAAUGUUUUAUGAAUGCGGAUCAAUUCCCACACUUCUGCUAGAUCUACUUUACCCAAUUUACUCUUUUUUUGUACUAUUUUUUAUUUUUAAGUACUCGAACAUCGUUAUAAACAAAUACACGGUAUUAGCAAGGUUUGGUAUGAUGCACUUACUGUCAUCCAGUAUUUGUUUUUGGAUUUGGACAAUAAUGAGGGAAACACUAGAGGCCAUUGCCAGUAAAAAAAUAACUGCAGUCACGGAAGAAAUGGAUAGCGAAGAAACGACUUCAAAAUUAUCUGAACCUUUUGCACUACCAUUAUCAUCGUUCGCCCUAAAUGGUCUAGAACUCUUAAGACAAUCUCCGGACUUCUCGCUUAGACGCUUUACCAAAAUAUGCGUGGACAACGAUUCCUUUAUGGCGGUAAUAUACAAAAAUAUUUCUCCAUACUUAUAUCCAUUCAGCGUAGAAUUCAGUAUUCUAGUUGUUGGCGUAUUAUUCGUGAUUUGGCAGAACAUAGAGCAGUGUGAGGACGCCGAGAAUGAAGACUUGUCGACAUUGCCAUGCAGCAUCCUUUCAGAAUUGCCGUUGCCUGAUAAGGAAGGAAAUGUAGUCAUACAUGCCGAUUGUCAUUCCAGUAACAAGGGUCUCUUUGGUGGGUUUGUCGUUUUGGUAUUGACAGUUGUCAGUAGUAUAUUGUUUUUUAUCGCUGUCUACGACGAAGAUAAGGAUGCUGUUAUUGGAUUGACAAUUAACCUAGUGACAUCAAUUGCUAUCUUAAGCGUAAUGUUUUUGGCAUGCAUUUUUGCUUACAGACAGAUCACAAAAUUGGAUUUUAAUACAGCGAGUCACAAUGUACUAGACAUUGUUUUAUUAUUUGUCUGUAUUCCUGCAUUCUUCCUCAAUGGCGUCUUUAGUAUAAUACCUGCAAUUAUCAACAAAAAUGCAAUGAGUACCGUUUCCAUAAUAUUAGAGAUUUUACAAGUAUUAGUACAGACAGCAUUUCUGCAGGACGGCGUACGACGUUCGAGUAACACAAAAGAAUUACGAAAAACCAAACCUGGAAGAGAGCUAGUAUCUUUUCUGAUUCUCGCCAAUAUAUCAUUGUGGAUAUUACAAACAUUUGAAGUUAAGGCACAUGGUCUUCAAGACAACAGAUACGAUUUCUAUGGAAAGGAAUUGUGGACGAUCUUGGGUCACAUGUGUUUACCAUUAAUGAUGUUUUAUCGGUUCCACGCAUCUGUUUGCUUCGUGGAUGUUUGGAAGUACGCCUAUGUUCCUUCUGGCCAUUAGAUGAUAUUUAUGUAAUAUGUAUUAUUUUUUGUUAAGAAAAUAAAAUUUAGAAAUAA